GACCGGGCCACAGGGCUUAGGAGAACUCGGGGCAGCUCGGCUGGGGGGUGUCUGCCCAGCACUUCCUGGAUCCACAGCCCCCCCGGGGUUGGGCAGGGGGUCUGGGCAGGGCUGCAGCAGCCACAGCCAAGGCGCGGGGAGGCUCUCUUGGGCUGGGAGGAGCUAAGAGCCCCUGCCAGCCUGUCACAGGCUCUUGGUGCUGACAGUGGCUCUGGCUUUCACACACACACCCUGGCGGGCACCCCCUUGGUGGCCUCCAUAGUCUCACCUUCAGGUCCCGCCUCCCAGGCUCAAAGCUGGCUCCGUGGGGGACACAGUUAACAUGAGAGGCACACCUCAGACACACCUCCUGGCCUUCUCCUUCCUCUGCCUCCUCUCAAAGGUGUGUGCCCAGCUGUGCCCAACACCAUGUGUCUGCCCCUGGCCGCCACCGCAGUGCCCACUGGGGGUGCCCCUGGUGCUGGACGGCUGCAACUGCUGCCGGGUGUGUGCACGGCGGCUCGGGGAGUCCUGUAACCAUCUCCACGUCUGUGACCCCAGCCAGGGCCUGGUCUGCCAGCUCAGGGCAGGGCCCGGCAGCCUGGGGGCCGUGUGCCUCUCGGGGGACACUGACGGCAGCUGUGAGGUCAACGGCCGCCGGUUCCGUGACGGGGAGACCUUCCAGCCCCACUGCAGGGUUCGCUGCCGCUGUGAGGACGGCGGCUUCACCUGCGUGCCCCUGUGCAGCGAGGAUGUCCGGCUGCCCAGCUGGGACUGCCCCCACCCCCGGAGGGUCGAGGUCCCGGGCAAGUGCUGCCCCGAGUGGGUGUGCGACCAGGCAGGGGUGGUGGGGGUCCAGCCCCUCCGGACCCCAGGACUCCAGUCUUCUGGCCUGGUUGCUCUCCCACCUCCUGGGGUCCCCUGCCCGGCAUGGAGCACAGCUUGGGGCCCCUGCUCCACCACCUGUGGGCUGGGCGUGGCCACCCGGGUGUCCAACCAGAACCGCUUCUGCCGACCGGAGACCCAGCGCCGCCUGUGCCUGCUUGGGCCCUGCCCGCCUGCCAUGGGCCACAGCCCACUAAACAGUGCCUUUUAGAGCCAGGCCAAGCAUCACGCUUGGGCCCCCAUCUGGGCCCCGGGGGACAAGAAUGGCCGCAAGCAGCCUGGUCUGUCUGGACCAAGACAGAGCAGGGCUGCAUUCAUUAGUCAUGUUUCCUCUAACUCCCAGGCUGGGGGCUGGCCAGGUUUCUAGGGUCUUCUGGUCCAUCCCAGCCUCCACACGGCCUUUACUGAACAGCCGCGUGCACCAGCUUUCCAGAAGGUGGGCGACCAUCUCUCGUCUCGGGCAGGUACUGGGCAGGACUGGCUGUUUCUCGGGGGGUGUGGUGGAGAGGGGCACAGACCUUCCGACUCGCCUGCAUCCUUCCCAGGGCUGAUGUCGAAACGUCCCUGACUAGGUGCUUCUGCACGCACUGGGUGUCGGGCUUACCCUGUCUGAGAAAGCCCUCCCCAGCCUGGGCAGAACUCAGGGGCCGAGUGAAUGCUUUGUGAAAACCGCGAGAUGGAAUCACUGUCUUGGCAAGAGUCAGAAAACAGGCCUUGGAGUGACCUAUUAACUCCACACGUGUUAGUGAGAGUUACCCUUUCUCGAGCCCCUGCGAGGCGCCAGGCACUGAGCCAGUGACUGUGUAGACCAGUGUUUGGUGGCAGCCUGGACUCCAGAGAAGCUGGGAGGGGGGGAUGUCCUCCAGGCACUGGGGACCUUGGUCUGAAA